GCAGACUGAAGGGGACCAGGGGGGUUGCUGCGGAGAGAUUCAUGCUGUAAGGCAAAGGAGCAGCAAACGUCGGAUUCUGGAAAGGAAAGGAAGGGACCCUUUUUCUUUUUUGGGGAAAAAAAGAACAGACUUUGUGGCACAUUGGGGGCUGUAUCCCUUCUUACUUGAGAGGAGUGGAAGGAGCGGUGUUGGACGGAGCGGCACAAUGACUCAUUUGCAGGCCGGCCUGUCCCCAAAGACCCUGGAGAAAGCCCGUCUGGAGCUGAAUGAAAACCCAGACACCCUGCACCAGGAUAUUCAGGAGGUACGGGACAUGGUGAUCACCCGGCCAGACAUUGGUUUUCUCCGUACGGACGAUGCCUUCAUCCUUCGUUUCCUUCGGGCCCGGAAGUUCCAACAUUUUGAGGCAUUUCGCUUGUUGGCCCAAUACUUUGAAUAUCGCCAGCAGAACCUUGAUAUGUUCAAGAGCUUCAAAGCCACUGACGCAGGCAUCAAGCAGGCACUCAAGGAUGGCUUCCCCGGAGGGCUGGCUAACCUUGAUCAUUAUGGCAGGAAGAUCCUGGUUCUGUUUGCUGCCAACUGGGACCAAAGCAGGUACACACUGGUGGAUAUUUUGCGUGCCAUACUUCUUUCUUUAGAAGCCAUGAUUGAGGAUCCAGAACUCCAAGUAAAUGGAUUUGUUUUGAUUAUAGACUGGAGCAACUUCACUUUCAAACAGGCCUCUAAGCUGACACCAAGUAUGCUUCGAUUAGCCAUAGAAGGACUUCAGGACAGUUUUCCGGCUCGCUUUGGAGGAAUUCAUUUUGUAAAUCAACCAUGGUACAUUCAUGCCCUCUAUACAGUUAUACGGCCCUUUUUAAAGGAAAAGACAAGGAAAAGGAUAUUUCUCCACGGAAAUAACCUCAACAGCCUGCAUCAGUUGAUUCAUCCUGAGAUUCUGCCUUCUGAAUUUGGAGGAAUGCUGCCGCCUUAUGAUAUGGGCACUUGGGCAAGAACACUGCUUGAUCAUGAAUAUGAUGAUGACAGUGAAUACAGUGUGGACUCCUACAACACUUCUGGAAAAGAAGUAGAAAAGGACCUCUCUCCCAAAUCCAUGAAGAGAUCUCAGUCAGUUGUGGACCCUGGAGUGUUAAAGCACAUGGAUAAAAAUGAAGAAGAAAACAUGCAGCCAUUGCUUUCACUUGACUGACGAUGUCUGAGCAUUGAACAUGAAUUGGGGUGGAAGGUAUUGCCUUUCAGCAACAAGCAACCCAUUGGGACAGAAUGUACCAGCUGGAAUCCUAUUUUUCAUGUUAAUGUAGCAUAAAGUAAUGAGGCAGCAGGUUUUGCCAGUCAGCCUGGAACAUGGGUGCCCUGGGCUGGAAAAACAGGGUGGAGGGGGAGGGAUAAAAAAGGAGAAAUAUCAAUAAUAUAUUCUGUUAAGUGCCAACCUGUUUGUAAAUAGGAUCUAUUCCUUCUCUCUGCAUUUGUAAGUAAUGGUAGGGAUGUAGUACAGAAAAAUAAUAGAGUGACUUUUAAAAUAUGCCAGUUGAAUGCACUGUAAAAGAACAACAAGCACUCAGACAAAAAUAAAAGAAACCUGACCUACAUAACUUUCAUCCUUUUUAUAUAAAGCCAUAUUACAGCUUUCAUAUUGACUGCUUUAUUUUCUUUCUGCAGUUUUUCA